AUGCUAUCUGAAAGAUUUCGCAAACAGCAGGACGGUCGUCCCACGCCUUCUCGGCGUCGGUCUGAUCCCGAGGAAGAAGCACGAAAGGGAAGUCUUCAAUACAGUGAUCGUCGAGACCCUCAGCCCGGCAAAUAUGGGCCUGCUUUCCAACAGGGACCACGUCAAGAGGAGAUAUUCGACAGAAAGGCCUCUGGUGAGCGUGUCUCUGAGCACGAUCUACACGGAAGAAACCACUCUGUUCAUAUCAUUCCCAAGCAUCAACUCCCCGAUCCUUAUGAGAAAGUACCCCCGAUCUACACGGCACAAAUGAAAUCGGAUCACAACCGCUACAAAGAUCUCUCCGAGAGACCAAAAGUGCCUGUUCGUGGUGAUCAGGCUCCCACUAACGAGCAGGGGCGAUUUAUCAAGGACAGAGAGGCAGAUGCCAGAGGUGGUCGAAUUGCUGCAAACACGGCUGCGCAAGCACGCUCGGGAAUCAGUCACAAGUACCUCCAGGCCUACGAGAACAAAGCCGCCAUCAUCACCCACCACACCCAAGUCCAUGCCAAGCUCACCCAAGCCGAUUCUUACAGAAAAUCAGAGCAGGACCUUGACAAGCGCCAUCAUGCAUGGGCCCAGAAAAUGGACUGA